ACGUACACUGUAAUCCUAAAUAGUUCGAAACAUCGUGAUCAAAGUUGAAUGAAAGUUAGUUUGAAAACCAAUCGAAAUUUCGACAGGUUUAAAUCUGUUUUUGUCUUAAAUCAAAAUGACUGAAACGUCCGGUAGUAAACUUUCUUAUUACCGUUGUGUAAAUGACACCUUGCGAUGCGUACGGCUACGUAAGUACGUGGGAAGAGCCAACCGUAUACAUGUAUGCAUGUAUAGCGCAUGUAUUCACGCAUUUCGUAAACAAACAAAAUCGUUGAAUUGACCGAUAAAAUGUCAGUUUAUAGUGUAACUUUGAAUUUCUUCAACGAAGAAUUUGAAAACAGAUGCAAGUUAUUUAUCGAAAACCGCGAUACUAUCUAAUCGAAAUACGGCUUGCUAAGUCACAAACUUACGUUACUACUUAUACAUGCGUACGAUAUAUUUAGAUGGUGUAACCCUUUAGUAUCAUGUGACACGUACGAUAUAUCGUCGUAAGAAAAGCGAGAUUUAUCUAUAGCAAGUUUCGUCACUGGAAAAAAAAUAUAUGUAUGUACUUACGUAUAUAUCUGUAUACAUGUUGUGCUAAUAUUUAGUAUAUUAUAAAGUCAUGAUACUAAUGGUGUAUCUGUAGUAAAUUGUAAAGAAAAUUUACCCACUGGCUUGUCGGAAAUAUGCGGUUAGAAGAAAUGCCAUUACGUUUAAGCUCGGACGAGCGGGAUUUUGAAAUGGACGAAGAAACCGACUAUCUUCUUCAACCUUCCGAAGAUAGUAUAAGAUUAUUGACGUCGAGAAGACGACGAAUUAACGAUUGUUCCAUAUUCCUCAAAAAUUUUUUUUGCGGAUGUUGUACCUGGAUGUUAAGAAGAUGUUGUAGAGAACGUGAGUUAAGAGCUAGAGUUAUUCACAUUGGUCAGCCUAUGCAUGAAAAGUUUCCUACUAAUGUCAUAAGGAAUCAAAAAUAUAAUGUUGUUACAUUUUUGCCUUUGGUUCUCUUCCAACAAUUUAAAUUUUUCUUAAAUCUAUACUUUUUGCUUAUGGCUAUAUCUCAGUUCAUACCAGAUAUAAGAAUAGGGUACCUAUAUACUUAUUGGGGACCUUUAUGUUUCGUGUUAACUGUUACAAUUUGUCGGGAAGCAAUUGAUGAUUUCAGACGAUACAAGAGAGACAAAGAAGUGAAUGCCCAGAAAUAUUACAGAUUAGUGAAAGGUUUUGAUACCCCAGAACUAAUACCAAGUUCUAAAUUGCGCGUGGGUGAUUUGGUAAUUGUGGAGAAAGGUCAGAGAGUUCCAGCUGAUUUGGUUUUAUUACGAACGACUGAGAAAUCUGGCGCGUGCUUUGUAAGAACAGAUCAGUUGGAUGGAGAAACGGAUUGGAAACUGCGACUAGCUGUACCUGCUACACAAAAAUUGGAGAAUAAUUCUCAAUUGUUCGAUAUAAAAGCUAGUAUAUAUGUGGAAAAGCCCCAAAAGGAUAUUCACAGCUUUAUCGGAACAUUUACGAGGUACGAUGGAUACAGUAGCGAAGAAAGUUUAGGCGUUGAUAAUACAUUAUGGGCAAACACAGCUGUUGCGUCGGGUUCGGCGCUCGGUAUCGUUGUAUACACAGGACAAGAGACUAGAUCUCUCAUGAAUCAUUCUGCGCCACGAUCAAAAGUUGGUUUAUUAGAUCAAGAGAUAAAUCAGUUGACAAAGGUCUUAUUUUGUGCUGUAAUUGGAUUAGCAUUAGUAAUGAUGUCUUUGAAAGGAUUUAACGGGCCAUGGUAUCGUUAUAUGUUUCGUUUCGUUUUAUUGUUCUCCUAUAUAAUCCCCAUCAGUUUAAGAGUGAAUUUGGAUAUGGGGAAAGCUUUUUACGCGUGGUGUAUACAAAGAGACAAGGAAAUUUCUGGAACGGUUGUAAGAACCACUACCAUCCCGGAGGAACUUGGUCGCAUUUCCUAUCUAUUAAGCGACAAGACGGGCACAUUAACACAGAAUAAAAUGGUUUUCAAGAAGUUGCAUUUAGGCAUGAUAUCUUACGGUCAAGAAACGUUCGACGAAGUUAUGAAUGUACUAAAAACCUAUUACUCUUCUACGUCUGAAACAUCACCGGUAAAGCCGUCGAUAUCUGCGCACAGUGGAAAAGUAAGAAGAUCCGAAAGUACAAGGAUAUACGAUGCAGUGCACGCUUUAGCAUUGUGCCACAAUGUAACACCGGUUUAUGACGAAGUAAAUAAAGCAACUAAUUUGGACACAGUAAGCGUCCAAACAGGAGAAACAGGAGAUUCUGGUUCUAUUCAAAGUCAAACAGAAGCGGAUCAGCAUUAUUAUUUGCCAGAACAGAAACGCAAUUACCAGGCUUCCAGUCCGGACGAAGUGGCAUUGGUUAAAUGGACAGAAGAAAUGGGAUUGGCAUUAGUGAAACGGGAUUUAAAUUUUAUGCAGCUGAAAGCUCCAAAUGGAAAAAUUUUAAACUAUACGAUUUUACAAAUAUUUCCAUUCACAUCGGAGACCAAACGAAUGGGGAUAAUAGUAAAAGAAGAGUCUAGUUCUGAAAUAAUAUUUUAUCUGAAAGGGGCGGACGUAGUGAUGUCCGGUAUAGUUCAGUAUAAUGAUUGGCUUGAAGAAGAGUGCGGCAACAUGGCACGUGAAGGUUUAAGAACGUUAGUUGUUGCAAAGAAGAAUCUAACGGAAGAACAGUAUCUUGACUUUGAAGCAAGAUACAAUGCGGCCAGAAUGAGUGUCAGUGAUCGUGUCUCAAGAGUCGUGGCGGUUAUUGAAAGUUUAGAAAGGGAAAUGGAGUUACUGUGCGUGACCGGUGUUGAAGAUAGAUUACAGGAUAGAGUAAGGCCAACGUUGGAAUUAUUAAGAAAUGCUGGAAUUAAGAUAUGGAUGUUAACGGGUGAUAAACUGGAAACCGCUACUUGCAUAGCAAAAUCUUCACGUUUGGUUUCACGAACGCAAGGUCUUCACGUUUUUAAAUCAGUGGUAACUCGCACAGAUGCACAUUUAGAAUUAAACACAUUUCGUAAAAAACAAGACUGUGCCUUAGUUAUCAGCGGAGAUUCUUUGGAGGUUUGCUUGCAAUAUUAUGAACAAGAAUUUUUGGAAUUGGCCUGCGGUUCACCUGCUGUUGUCUGCUGUCGAUGUUCACCCACUCAGAAGGCCGAAGUCGUCAGUCUUAUUCAAAGACAUACAGGAAAAAGAACCGCAGCUGUCGGAGAUGGUGGUAACGAUGUAUCUAUGAUACAAGCAGCAGAUGCUGGUAUAGGUCUGGAAGGUCUUGAAGGGAGACAGGCUUCUUUAGCGGCAGAUUUUUCUAUUUCUCAGUUUAGCCAUUUGGCUAAUCUCCUGUUGGUUCAUGGACGAAGAAGUUACAAACGGUCUGCCGCUUUAAGUCAGUUCGUUAUUCAUAGAGGUUUAAUUAUCUCAACCAUGCAAGCUGUAUUCUCUGCAGUUUUUUAUUUGUCUUCGGUAUCCUUGUAUCAGGGAUUUUUAAUGGUUGGUUAUGGAACGAUAUAUACAAUGUUUCCCGUAUUUUCUUUGGUGUUAGACAAAGAUGUAUCGGGAAAAAUAGCACUUACUUAUCCGGAACUUUAUAAAGAACUUAGUAAAGGUCGAUCGUUGUCUUACAAGACGUUUUUCAUGUGGAUUUUAAUAAGCAUAUAUCAAGGUGGUGUUAUAAUGUACGGGGCCCUUAUAAUGUUUGAAGAUGAAUUCAUUCAUAUAGUGGCAAUUAGUUUCACCGCACUUGUUUUAACGGAAUUAAUUAUGGUAGCCUUGACGAUCAGAACAUGGCAUCAUAUUAUGAUACUUGCAGAAAUUUUUUCAUUGGCACUAUAUCUGUUAUCUUUGGUCGUUCUUAAGGAUUAUUUCGAUGCCGAGUUUAUCAAGACAACGGACUUUUUGUGGAAAGUAUUGUUAAUAACUUUAAUUUCUUGCAUGCCAUUGUAUAUUUUAAAAUUCUUGCGAAAAAAGUUUUCACCUCCUAGUUACACCAAAUUAUCUUAAGCUUCAUACACAGCUAUCUCAUUUGGUACAUACAAUUAACAAUCGUACAAAGAAUUGAAAGCUCUACUUUUGUUGAAGUGAUAAAAAAAAAAGAUUUAUUUGCAAAGUUACUAUUAUUAAUUUGAGUUUUGUACUCGGUACAAAGACAAACUUCCAAUUUAUAAACAUUAUUAAAUUUUUUGUUCCUGAAAACAUUUAGCAUUUCAUUCGGACCAUUGUGAUGAAUGAAGGCAAAACUUAUUUUUCUUCAAAUUAAUAAUAAAUUCCGUUGUUCCGUUAACAUAUGAUGCAACAUACUGUAAACAUUUUCCCUUAUUUAUUCAGAUUAUAAAUUAAACUGUAUUCAAAUUUUAUUAAUUGUAAGUAGGGAUUUUAAAACGAGCACCUUCAGUAUACUAUUAAUAUUAUUUGUGUUUAUUUAUUAAAACAACAAGCUUCUCUCAUUCUUAUGUGUUCACACAGCAUAGCAUUUUAUUCAAUCUCACCUAAUGCUUAUCGUAUACAUUCAAUCAUGUUAUUUACAGUAUUUUGUAUGUUAAGUUUGUAGUUCACGGAUGCUUGACUAAUUAAAAGUACGUGAUGCUUUAUUUGACAGUUUCUAGUGUAUAUAAUGGAUGUGAGCAAACGUCCAAAGUUAAAUUUUAAUUUUUGUAAAUUAGGCGCGACAUUUUUCAUUUUCUAUCAUUUUUCUCUAAUAAAAUAUUUUUACUUUA